UGAAGCAAGUGAUGAAGGAAGUGGCGUUAGUCCAGUCAGGCAAUAAUGGAGUGCAUUUUGGAAAUAUGAAAAGUGAAGUCUCCAUCAAAAGGGCUCUUCUAGGUAUAGAGAAAUCUGAAAUGAAUGGUAAACAAAUGACAGAUACAAGAUGGAAAUUCCUAAACUGUCUGUACAGAGAAGGCAUGCCAAAGUUAACCAUAGACUGGACAACAGGACAAUUGGUCAGUCCUAAAGUCGACCUACCCCAGACAGCAGUAGACUGGGUUACACAGAAAGUGAGUGCCCAGUGUGGUCGCCUUGACAAAGUACAGCGACUCAAGGACAGAUACCAUCAGGAGAUCCGCGACUAUAUCACAACUGGAGUGACGAGGGUCAAUUUACAAUCGCUCUCGUCUAAACGGGUGGUGGAUAGCUUCAGUGGCAACAUGACCCUGUUGAGACCUGGAUGUAAUACAUGGGCUGUCUCUGACGACUGCUGUCCAUACCUAUCUCACGACAUCGACCUGGAACUCCACAGGUACGAUGGGUGUAAGGUGACUCUCGCCUCCCUCUGCAUGGAUACGCUAAAGAAGUGGGUUGAAUGUUUCCAGGCAGCAAUGGAAGAUGGCUGUGUUCUUAAGGUACAGACGCUAUACUGAAUGAAAGAUCUACAUGUGGCUGGGAGAGGCAGCCGAAGUGUGCGAGAAGGACCUGCCGGAAAGUCUCCGGUUUGACUUCAUCGAUACAUCCAAUUUGGCAGAUAGAAUUGGUCUGGUCUCUGUGCUGAGUUGUUCUCGCGACAGACUGAAACAGCCUAACGGAGUGCUGAGGACAGAGAGUUUUGACUUCACAAGAUUGGAAGGCAUCGUUUCAGUGGAAAGGUAUCUUUCUGGCUGCAUUGAUGUGCCAGUGUUGAUGUAUCCGACAGUGUUUGGUUUACACCUAGCUGAAGAACUCUCUCUUGGACAUGAGUGUCUCCCACCAACUCAGUGUCGCUACGUACGUACAAAGUUGACCUUGAAAUGGAAAAUAGCUCGGGAGCAGAAAAAUCUAACAGCUUUGACUCUUGAUGAAAAAGCAUCAGACGCAGUGUCAGCAGCACUUGAAAAGGUGAAAACAUGUCCUGGUUUAGACAAAAGAGCGACGGAAAAUAUUCAGCAAAGGGUUCAGAAUAUUGCUAAAGCCCCGACGAAAAGCAAUAGCCUGAUUGAGUAUACAGAUCAUUACCUUGUGACCAUCCAAACCGACCCAGGAUGUCUGAAGAAGGGGAUAUUCAGCAUGGAUUGUGUAGAUGGAGAUCCAUAUGUUAUAGAACUACAUAACAGCCACAAUGGGCAAUCAAGGUUUAGAGAAACGCUGAGUCUUUCAUGUGGAAUCGCUUUGAACACAAGCAGCGUUAAAUUUUCACGGAAGAGGGGAAAAAUUGAAGCUCGUCUUGUCAAGGACGCUGAUGUGACUCUCGGUGAACGAAUUUUGCCCUGGAACAAGCUCCGCACAAGCUCUGUUGCUGAUCUCCCGAACUUUCCUCUCUCGGAAAGCGGUAAAGAAACAAUAGAGACGUACGUUGGAAGUAUGUGCCUCUCGUCUCCAGCGAGUCUGUCACACCACAUGUCGCCGAAAGAACAGCUUAGAUUUCUUAUGGAGUUCAUCUUGAUAAAGGCCCCGUUUUCAUUUGGGCUGCCAACACUCCUCACGAUUAGAGCUCAAAGUGUCACAAAUCCUGACAAGACAGCAAACAACAUGCUUCGUUUGGAAGAUCUGAAGAUCCACGAGAACAAACCUACCCUAUUUUUGACGUUUUUUCGAUUUUGACAAAGCUGAUAAUCUGGUUAGCCAAGAGAAAAUCACGAAUGAAGAAAUCUUACCAUGGAAACAAACGAAGAAGACAUGUGUGGAAAUGGACCCAUCAUCUUCUCCAAAUCUCGGCAAGGGAUAUGCUUUGUUGGUGAAGCUUCUAGAAGUCAAUUCCAUUCGAAUGAAUUAAUAUCAGCCUGAGGACAGAAGAUGGAUGACAAGAACCAUUCUGAAAGGGAGAUAUCCUAACAAGGAACUAUAUGCUUUGAAGUUCGAGGAAG